CUUCUAAAAUUACGCAACGAUGUGUAUCGGUGCAUUUGAAGCAGGAUUGCCUCGUAAUGGCUUGAGUGCAGAAAUAGGAUAUUGACAAGAUAAAUACAUCUCGGAAGAAAAUGAAUAUUAGGCAAAAACAAUUUUUUUGUCAGAGUAAAGUGGCCUAAUCAAGUCUAUCCAGAAGCACUCUAUUCAACCAUUGCCAUCACAACAUGCUUGAAUAUUUCAACGCGUAAUUAACAAAGUAUUUGCGAGUGAGCCUGUAACCCCAGUGUAUACAAACAAACUGUCUCGUUUGUCAGGUAAAUAUUAACAGUGAGUUGGCAAUUAAAGUGAAAAUGUGCAUUCGCGGACGGAUAACCGCGUUGUUGAUAUCAUGAAAGCCCCAAGGAAACGCCCAAUUUUAUUGUUAUUAUCUUGUCCCAAUUUUAUUGUUAUUAUCUCGUUCAGCGACCUGACGAGGUUCUCCGAAGGUUUAAAGUUGACAAGGACCCGAAAAGAACUGAAUGGCAUUGGAUGAUAUAAUGACAUUACUGUUAAUGGGGAUAGGAUUACAAUGAAUUCAUUACUGGUGGAACGUGCCCUUCAAUUAUUCCAUCACGGAAGAGAAACUUCACUGGGAUACCAGUGACAUCAUCAGCAUGACAUCCAAGGUUCUCGUUAAGCUGCCAACGGUGCCAUUCACCCAGGGAAAAAAACCGAGUGCUGAAUUGGUGACAUUGCCAACGAGGAGUGAUGGUGCAGCUCAAAUCAGAUCCCAACAGGGGAUCAGUGAUCGGGCUGCUCUGUUGGAGCAGAACAUGAAGUUUCUCCAGGAGCAACACCAGGCGACACUCAUCGCACUCCAUCAGGAAGUGGAAAUACUACGGCAACGAAAUAGAGAUUUACAGUUUCAAUUGGUAUUCACAAAAGGCACCGCAUGUGUAUCAAGUAGUCCAUCAUCACCGGAGGACAAUUCGAAUGGGUUCGUGAAGACGAAGGGAAGCCCAGUUAGUGUCAAUGUUACUCCUCUACAGAUUGAAUUACUUGAACGAGACCUGGAGGAACUCAGGGUUUCAUUCAACGAGGCGAAAAAGCAAAAUCAACAGCUUCAGGAUGUCAUAGAAGAGCAGAAAAUAAAAUUGGAGAACACUGAGGAACUACAGGAUCAAAAUGAAGUCACGGACGUGGGAAUUCAGGUGGGGGAUGCACAGGAUGUUCAGGCUGAUCUGGCGGUUCGUCUGGUGGACGCUGAGGCCCUCGUGAAGCGUCUGAUACGCCAGAAUGCUGAUCAGCAGAGGGAAAUAGCCUCGAUGGAGUCGACAUCGGGGAAAAAUGGGAACAGAAGUGGUAAUGGACGAGGUCGUAGUAAUGAGAAUGGACAUCACAGUCGAGGUGCCUCCGGUGAUCCGGGACAGUCUAAUCGGCAUCGCUACAAGUUCCCACCGCUCGAGGGGGACAGCUACUGGAGAAAUACGUCUAGAGGACGUGGCAGUUACGAUCACCAUUCAGCGCACUAUCAGCGUCGAAAUCGUCUGGAUGAUGAAGGAGCAGACGGCGACAUGUCGUGUAUAGUCCUUCCCGAAUUGCGAAUCGGUGGUAUUAAAAAUGAGGCCCCGUGCUAUCCUCCGAUGUAUCGGUCUCAACGGGGCUAUCACAACGGUGGCAAUUACUACCGAGACAGUGGCAACCGAAAAUUUCGAGGACAGGGACGUCACCGUCGAGACCAGGAGUCCCGCGAUCAUCGUGGGGACUACAAAGACAGAAAUCAAAAGGGUCAGCAACAGGGGGACUACAGUGAUGCUCAGACACCGAAAAAAAAUUAAAUCAUUGAUAAAUUUGCAUUGAUGGGAGAUGAAACAUGUUCUUAAACAAGUCUGGUUAAAAAAAAAAGGCAAGUUGAAAAUUACCAAGACUGAAUUGUCUUGAAAAACUAUCUAGAUUUUUUAAAUUCAUUUUUAAGGCGAGGAGAAAUAAAUCUGGAGGAGAAUAAUUUUAAAAAAGGGUUAUUUAUUUGUUUAUUCAUUUUUUGAUCUGUCAAAUCGAUUAAAAAUGAACGGCGCUUCAAGAAAAAACCGAUAAAGUUUUAUCAAGUAUUGGCUGAAUUUUGCUAUUAAGAUGAUCUGUCUGGGAAAUUUUCAACGGACGAUUUUUUUUUGGUUUAAAAAAGAUUUCUUUGAGAAUAUAUUUUUUUUUGUCAGUGUACCGUGUACGCAUGAUAAUGUUGCUUGCGCGAGCAGACUCUGUGUUUUAGUUGUAAAGUCGGGCUGAGAGGCAAACAAAAAAAAUCAUUAUUCUCCAUAAUAAAAUUUUCAAUUUAAAUAGACUCUUCAAUAUGAAUACUGAGUGAUCCAGAUAACAUUUUCCUCGUAUGUAAUUUGUAGCACAGUGGCUAAUUAUGUAAUGGAGCCUUGGCAAUUAUAAUUAGUAAUAUCUAUAGCUGUAAUAAAAGCACCACCAAGUGAAGAAUAACGAACAUGAAGAAACAAAUUAUUAUAAAAUAUUUAAAAUCGUGUUAGACGGAUUUAUGGAGUAUAUUAUCAGUAUUUUAUUCAUCAUAGAUUGUGUAACGAGUAUUUAAAGGAAUAAGAAGGAAGAGGUUUUGGAAUAUAAAUUUGGGAAUAGUCAGAUUUGUGGAAUGUUAGCGAAUCAAUUUUUCGGUGAAUCAAUAUUUUUUUGAGGGAAGUCAUUACUUAUGAGUCAUCACUUCUUAUGAUAUGAAAAAUCAUUUGCGAUUGCCAUUUUUCUCUGUUCGCUUGCGAACAAAUUUGAAAUUGUUUAAAAUUCUUAUACAAUUGUAAUGGGACUGGAACAAUUCAUGUAUGACGUAAUAUUUUCUUCUCUCAUGGAAAUAUUUAUUGGGACAGAAAACCUCGCACCUUAAAAUUGAAGAUAAUAAGGAGAAAGAAGGAUUACUAAAAAAAUAAUCUUAUGCCCUGAUUUACCAAUAUCUCCUUUGCAUUAAUACUCUAGGGUAUCGAGUGGCAAUAUUCAGGUGUCUAUACUCAAUGGAAGUAAUUGAAACGAAAAUUGAAAUGACUAGUUCAGUAAAGAUCAGUGUUAUUUGUGCUUUAUUCAUUUCAGAUUAUUAGAGUUAAUUCCUGAAUUAUUGAGGCUCACGGAGAAAUGAUGUAUGAGCUAUUGAAUUGUCGAACAAUUGCUUGUAAUCACACUGAUGAACUGUGCUUUAUAAAUUAUCAAACAGUUGACAGAUAUUUUAUUAUCACAUUAGUACAGCUCGAAUUAUUCCCAUUUGUUGUUGAAUACUUGGAAAGAUUACUCAGUAUUUUUGUCUUUCGCGUUAUUACAUAUAAUGGAGAAUUUUAUGAAGAAAAAACAUUGAGAGAAUGUCACUCAUGCAUUUGCUUGUUAGAGAGUGAAAAGGGGAAUUGAGUGGAGUCAGGGAAUUAUUCCAGUGAGAAAAUAAGUCGGUUAAUAAGGUUCGUAAAUUUAACAGAAAUGUCAAGUGAAUUGGCUUCACAACUAUAUUUAAUUUUUGUUGAUCUUUCCAAUUAUUUUUGUCUAAUUCUAUUGAGAAAGUUCGAAUGCAGAAUAUAAUUUUCAAAAAAAAAUUAAUAGGAUUCGGUUUGUUUACCCAAGUCAUUAUCCCAAUAUUUUUUGUUGAACUUUCUCCCUUCGAAUAUUUUUUUCCUCGUUCCAUUAAAUUUUUUCCAUCAAGAUUUUGAUACACAUAAUUGCUCUUGGUAGAAGCAGUUAUUGUCAACUAAUAAAUAUGUGAAUCGAUAUCCUCUCCCUCCACUCAAUUUCUGAAAAUACUAACGAUUUUUCCCCUCAGUGAAGAUUUUUCUUUUAUUCUACCAGUCAUGAAAUAAAAACUCUUGAACCGUAAAAAAAUGGGAGGCACGAGUCUGCAUGAAAAGCUUCCCGACGACAUUUUCAGAGAUUAAAAUAUCGAUAUUAUGCGCCUCGUGUUGCAACUAGACUUCAACAACCAAUUUAAACAUAAAAAUCUUUAUAAUCGUGAGGUACAAGACUUGUGCGGCUUGGAUGGGUGAUAUAUACAUUAAAUAAUGAAUAAUUGCACUUGGA